AUCCUCACCACCCCCACCAUUUCCCUCUCCCUCGAAGGCGAAGCCCUCCUCUCCCUCCUCCCCACCGCUCCCUCCCCUCUCCUCCCCUCGUGGAACCCCAGGGACCCAACCCCGUGCUCAUGGCGCGGCGUCACGUGCUCCCCCGGUGGACUCGUCACCUCCCUCUCCCUCCCCGGCACCUUCCUCAACCUCUCCUCCCUCCCCACCGGGCUCCUCCCCCACCUCUCCUCGCUCCAGGUCCUCAACCUCUCCUCCGCCAACAUCUCCGGGCCCAUCCUCUCCUCCCUCUCCUCCCUCUCCUCCCUCCGCGUCCUCGACCUCUCCUCCAACUCCCUCUCCGGCCCCAUCCCCGGCUCCCUCUCCGAGCUCACCUCGCUCCGGAUCCUCUGUCUCCAAGACAACUCCCUCUCCGGCCCCAUCCCCGGCUCCCUCUCCGAGCUCACCUCGCUCCGGAUCCUCUGUCUCCAAGACAACAUCUUGAACGGUUCCAUCCCUCCCCAGCUGGGCUCCCUCCUCUCCCUCCGACAAUUCCGGGUCGGGGGCAACCGCGACCUCUCCGGCCCCAUCCCCGCCCAGCUCGGCGCCCUCGCCAACCUCACCGUCUUCGGCGCCGCCGCCACCGCCCUCUCCGGCCCCAUCCCUCCCCAACUCGGCAACCUGGUGAGCCUACAAACCCUAGCUCUGUACGACACCAACAUCUCCGGCCCCGUCCCGCCCGAAUUGGGCUCCUGCUCGGAGCUGCAGAAUCUGUACCUCCACAUGAACCGGAUCGCCGGCCCCAUCCCCCGCCAACUGGGCCGGCUCCGGAAGCUCACGAGUCUGCUCCUUUGGGGCAACUCGAUCUCCGGCCCGAUCCCUUCCGAUCUCUCGAAUUGCUCGUCUUUGGCGAUCCUCGAUCUCUCUGCUAAUAGGAUAUCAGGGGAGAUCCCCGCCGAGCUCGGAAAGUUUGAAUUUUUAGAACAGCUCCAUCUUUCUGAUAAUCUGCUAUCCGGUCCGAUUCCGAAGGAGUUGGGCAAUUGCAGCAGCCUUAUUGCUCUGCAAUUGGAUAAGAACUCGCUCUCCGGUUCGAUUCCGUCGCAACUUGGGGGCUUGCAGUCCCUUCAGAUUUUCUUUUUGUGGGGCAAUUUGCUGUCGGGAUCGAUUCCUAGUUCUCUGGGCAAUUGCGGUGAGCUCUGCUCUCUUGAUUUAUCCAAGAAUAAGCUCAGCGGGCCGAUUCCUGAAGAGUUAUUCGGCUUGAAUAAGCUCAGCAAGCUGCUUCUUUUGGGGAAUUCUUUGAGCGGGGAGCUUCCCGUAAGCGUAGGAAAUUGCCCGUCUUUAGUGAGACUAAGGCUCGGAGAGAAUCGGCUCUCCGGUCAGAUUCCGAAAGAGAUAGGUAAGCUUCAAAACCUCGUCUUUUUGGACCUUUAUUCGAACCGUUUUUCCGGAAAAUUGCCCGAAGAAAUUGCCGACAUUGCGGUUUUGGAGCUUUUGGAUGUGCAUGAUAACGAGCUCACAGGAGAAAUUCCCCCUCGAUUGGGAGAGCUUAAGAACUUAGAACAGCUUGAUCUUAGCCAGAACCGUUUUACCGGAGAAAUCCCUUCAAGUUUCAGCAAUUUUAGCUACUUGAAUAAGCUCAUCUUAAACAACAAUUUGCUUGCUGGUUCAUUGCCCAGAUCUAUUAAGAACUUGCAGAGAUUGGCCUUGCUUGAUUUAAGUUCAAACAGCCUAUCCGGUCCGAUACCUAGAGAGAUUGGCUCGUUGACGAGCUUAAGUAUAAGCUUAAAUUUGAGCUCAAAUAAGUUUUUCGGAGAAUUACCUGAGGAAUUUUCUAGUCUAACGCAAUUACAGUCAUUAGAUAUUUCGAGCAAUUCACUAUCUGGAGGGAUUGAGGUAUUGAGCAUGCUCACAAGUUUGACAUUUCUUAACAUCUCAUAUAACAACUUCUCCGGUCCGAUUCCUCUCACUCCGUUCUUUCGAACAAUUUCCCCCAGUUCGUACAUUCAUAAUCCAAUUCUCUGUGAAUCCUUCAAUGGGUACACCUGUUCUUCAAACCUUGUGCGCAAAACCGCUUUCAAGUCAUUGAAAGUUGCGACACUCAUUGGCGCAACUUUGGGCUUCGUCGUGUUACUGUUCGUUUCAAUCUGGAUUUUAAUUACUAGAAGCACAAAGCUAGUGGGGGCGAAACCAAUAAAUUCAUCGUGCGAUGGCAAAGAUGAUUUCUCUUAUCCUUGGACCUUCAUUCCUUUCCAGAAACUAAACUUUACCAUUAAUAACAUACUGGAGUGCUUAAGAGAGGAGAAUGUGAUUGGAAAAGGAUACUCUGGGAUAGUCUACAAAGCCGACAUGCCCAAUGGGGAAAUUAUUGCAGUGAAAAAGCUCUGGAAAUUGAACAAGGAAGAUGAGUUGCUAGAUUUAUUCGCUGCAGAGAUUCAGAUCCUCGGUCGGAUCAGGCACCGGAACAUUGUGAAACUUGUUGGGUACUGUUCGAAUAAGUCGAUUAAGCUUCUCCUCUAUAACUAUGUCCCCAACGGAAAUUUGCAGCAGCUUUUGAAGGAAAAUAGGAACUUGGAUUGGGAAACGAGGUACAAAAUUGCUGUCGGAUCCGCACAAGGUUUAGCUUAUCUCCACCAUGAUUGUGUUCCUCCUAUUCUUCACAGAGAUGUUAAGUGCAAUAAUAUACUGUUGGAUGAUAAAUAUGAAGCUUAUUUAGCUGAUUUUGGGCUGGCAAAGCUGAUGAACUCGCCGAAUUUUCAUCACACCAUGUCUAGAAUAGCUGGUUCCUAUGGGUACAUAGCACCAGAAUAUGCAUACGCCAUCAAUAUAACAGCGAAGAGCGACGUGUACAGCUACGGAGUGGUCCUCCUCGAGAUUCUGACCGGGCGGAGUGCUGUUGAGCCCAUGGUGGGCGACGGCCUCCACAUAGUUGAGUGGGUGAGGAAGAAGAUGGCCGGAUGCGACCCUGCGACUGACGUCCUGGAUUCAAAGCUGAGGAGCAUGCCUGAUCAGACAGUGCAGGAGUUGCUGCAGACACUGGGGAUCGCCAUGUUCUGCGUCAACUCAUCGCCGUCCGAUCGGCCCACCAUGAAGGAGGUGGUGGCAUUGCUGAUGGAGGUGAAGUGCCUGCCAACCGAAGAAUCGGGGAAGAGUUCACAGCGUCCUCUCAUCGAUGAGGCCACAAAUGAUGGUUAAUGUAGUUAUGUUCCUUUUUCUUUGCAUCUCUCUCCGUAAUUAUUCAUCUUUAGAAGGUUUUAUUUGUGGUUUUAGAGAGAGAAGGUUGCAUAAGGCGAGGUUUAUGAGAGAGAACCACUUUGAUGUUGUGAGGGAACGUUGUCCAGUUUCAUCACGUUGCAGUUAAUUAGGGCCCUCAAUGGAAAUUUUCAAGACCUCGUUUUGCUAAUACUUCAA